UACUACGUAUUUUGCCGAAUGUCAAUAUACUUCUAUUAUCUAUUGAAUAUUUGCAAGGACUUUUGAAAAAGAAGACACGUUUCAUGCACGCACGUAAGACUGUGCAUUUUGGUAAGGCGAUUAGAUUAAAUCAAUAAAAUGGAAGGCUAUCUAACUGAUAAAACGUGUCGAGGAUUUUAAAACAUUUAUGUUGUAAUGAUUGCGAUGACAUGACGAUAAGAUUUGAUGUCCACCUUGUGAUCCAUAGGAUUUGAGAUCGAUUUAAGAUUGGAGGUACUAGUUAAACCCAGGAUUUGGACUCAAAGUUUCAUAUAAAGACAGCGUCUUUCGCUGUACACGAGUUAAAUCAUAGGUUAUAAAUAAGUGCAUAAAAUACAAAACUGAAUCUUAUGACAAAAAGAUGCGUUAAAUGAAAUUUUAAGCGAAGAUACGGUAAGUAGUAAUUGCCAUUUAAAACAUGUGCAUAGUUAUUGAAUGAUUUUAGAUUGAUCAUAUAUGUUUCAUUUUCGAUUUCUGCAAUAUAGGUUGUGGUCGCAACAAGGGACGUUUGUAAAAUUGGCGCAUGGUUGAAUUGUACCAAGUGUUAACGUUGAGAGCAAAAUAUUGAAAAAAAAAACACAACGUGUAUUCUUGAGAGAUAAUUAAUAUUCAGCAACAUCUCAGGUCAAGACUUAAAUGUGAAAUGUAACUUAAAUUUGUGAAAAAAAUAAUACGUGUACAUAGACACCAUCUGGAUAUCGUUUCUUAAUCCAGUAAAUAUCGGUAAAAAAUAUAUAUUUAUAAAAACAGUGCUAUUUGUGUAAACAAAUCAUAAAAACCGUCACCAAGCAUGGACGAGGAAAAUUCAAAAGAAAACGGCGAAACGCCCCAUUCCGAUACCGAUGACGAAGAGCCCAUCGACCGAGAGGCGGCCCACUUCGCCAGCAAGUUCGCCAGCCGCCGCCACUCCGCCAUGGUGUUCUCCUCAAGUAUGAAAGCGGGUCACAACGGCUUCCACCGGCGGCCUGUGGAACUCUACCUCGUUCGCAUAUAUCCGGCGUGCCGCGCCGUCUGGUUUUACAUGCUGCAGCACAACAUCCCCCAUAUCCUGGUGGACAUUGAUUUCUCGCAGGGGGAGUCACAGCUACCGGAUGUGGUACGAAAGCAGCCCCACAGGGAGGUUCCAAUCAUCGUGGACGGCGACUUUGUCGUCUUUGACGGACCGGCCAUUCUGACGUACCUUGCCACGACGUACACUCACCACGCCGGAUAUGGGAUCACCAUGCAGACGAGAAUGUUGAGCGAGUCCAUCGUCAGCUGGGCCAACUCCGAACUGCACAGGGCAGUUGGCUUUAACUACAUUUACCCACAGUUCCUCGAUAAAUACACACUUCCGGAUGAGCGCGCAAAUGAGGCUUUAAUUGAACAUGGACUGAAACAGCUGAGUCAUCAUUUAGAACUGCUGGAAAAGAAAUAUUUGGAAAAAUCGACUUUUCUAACGGGAAAUAGAAUCACAAUAGCAGACACUUACGUUGCGACGAUUCUGUUACAAACUGAAUGGCUGGGGACAAAACUUAGCAUGUGGCCCCACGUGGAAAAAUGGCUGUCACGAGUGAAAAACCAAGUGUUUUGGGAUGUAGUGCAUUCGUCCCAUACCGUGUUCCUACGAGAGCUGGAGAGUCGCGCAUUGUUCGAUUAAUACAUUUAACGUUUUGUUGAUAUAUUUAUAAGAAAAUUUAGAACUUUGAUUUCAAUAGACUUUAUGACCAGCGAAUCCAUGGUUAGAGCAAAUUAUUUUUUUACUUUCAGACUGAAAGCUCUCGAUCGGCUUGAGCAUUCAUGCAAAAGUGUUUGACUAUUUCGCAUGCCACAAUGUGAACGUGAAUACUAACUUCCGCUUGGCGGAUUAUCUAUGUUCAAAUUCAUACAUAUUUUUACAUUAUCUGUGAAAUGGGAUCCAUACUGCAAGUACAAUUUUUAUGUCAUAUCAAGCAUGUACUUAUGUUAUUCCAUGUAAUUUCUACUCCAUUAAUUAUUGUGUAUUAUUCGCAUAUUACACGUUACCGCAUUCAUGUAUACACACUUUAUUCACGAAUA